GUUCAUUUGAAAAACUAAUCAAAGAUGUCAUCUCCCUUUCCUUCAAAAUCUGGAGUAGUCAAGGAGAAACUCUCUCACAACAUUCUUAACAUUGCCUAUCCAUACAAAAUCCUACUGAUUUCCGUAGUAGUAGUUUAUUUCUUGUGUUUCACAUUUUAUUAUGCCAACUUCAAACAUCUAAUCAUGGAUUCCAAUUCUUCUCAUAAUAGUGGUAUAGAGGAAGCCAUUUUAGAACCAAACAUGAGUACUACUACUAGUAAUAAUACUGAAUAUUCUUCCACAAAUAUUAGUCACCUUCUAUUUGCACUCAUGGGCUCGGAGGCCGCAUGGCACCAUAGAAAGGGUUACGGCGAAGCUUGGUGGCGGCCUAACGCGACUCGGGGUUUCAUCUACCUCGACGUCCCCCCAAGUGGUGAUCUUUUGCCGUGGUCAGACGCUUCGCCACCGUAUAGGAUCUCCGAAAAUAUCGAAAAAUUGGUUCAAGAUAUUCAACCGGCGGUACCUUUUGUCAUUCGGUUGGUUCACACGAUUAAGGAAGUACUUAGAGAAGGGGAUGAAGAAGGGUUUAGAUGGCUGGUUUUAGGUGAUGAUGAUACUGUAUUUUUCGUUGAUAAUUUGGUUAAUGUUCUUUCUCAUUACGAUCAUACGGAUUACUACUAUAUUGGGUGCCAAUCGGAUUAUAUAAAGUCAAAUUUUUGGUUCUCUUUUAAUAUGGGAUUUGGUGGAGCUGGGAUCAUAUUGAGUUACCCUCUUGCAGAAGCUUUAGCUGGUGACAUGGAAAGUUGCCUUAAGAGAUAUGCCUAUCGGAAUACUUUUGAUAUAAUCACUAUGUCUUGCAUUGCAGAUCUUGGUGUAGAUUUGUCUCAACAAAAAGGUCUUCAUCAGGUUGAUAUGUAUGGAGACAUUUCGGGUUUUUUAUCAGCUCAUCCAAAGACACCAUUACUAUCCCUUCAUCACUUUGAUGAAGUAGACCCAGUAUUCCCCUUCGUGGACCGCACCGAAGCCGUCCGCCACCUCAUGAAAGGCGCAAACGCCGAUCAAUCGCGUAUGUUGCAACAAACAAUUUGCUACCACAGGCAACACAGAUGGUCCGUUUCCGUUUCUUGGGGUUACUCCGUCAACCUCUACGAAACAAUAAUGCCUCGAAGUUGGCUACAAACGGCCAUCGAGACGUUCCGAAAAUGGGUCGGUCCGAAUCCGGAUCCGCCUCACUUCAUGUUCAAUACUCGGGUCAAACAGAACGAUCCGUGCGAAACGCCGCACGUGUUCUUCUUCGAAUCCGUUCAGAAGUUGUCGAAUGAUUCGGUGAUUCUCACGAGCUACUACAGAGCGUGGCCGAGGAAUUUACCGCAGUGUUUCGGUGCCCUUCCGGCGGAUUACGUUUCCCACGUGCAUGUUUAUUCACCAUCAUCAGCGCGCACCAAGACAAGCAAAUGUGAGUGUUGUGACAUCUCUUAUGACAUUGGGGCAAAGAACACCGUGGUCAAAUUCAGAGAAUGCAAGCCAGACGAGAUCCUUGCAUAGUAAAAUUUUACGUGUGUUUUUCCUUUUUAUCUUUUCAUUUUUCUUCCUUAGAAAGAAUAUGUUUGUGUGGUUUGAAGAUUGAUUUUCCUUUUUUAAAAAUGUUUAGUUAAACAGGUUUAUUUGGAAUAAUCAUAUAACUCUACGUAGGACAGAUUCACGAGUCCAUAUCAAAAUUACAAAUUAUUGACUGUCGAUACUAAAACAGAUCCAUCUCCGACAUCUC